AUGAGAUCAUAUGUAUCAGAGAAAAAAAGUGAAUUAACAAAAGAAAAUAAUUACGAGAAAAAAAAAAGUGAAGGUUAUUUGAUUAAAAAAAAUGAAGCAACCGAUAGUAUAAUAUUUUUAAAAAAAAAUAGUUCAAAAAAUGAAGAAAAUAUUAGAAAAAGUAUUUCAGAUAAUAUAUACAUGAAUUUAAAAAAAAAAAAAAAAAUUAACGGUGAUUCAAUAGAAGAUAAUUUAAAUAAAAAUUCUGAUAAAUCAGAAAAUAUAAGUGAAAUAAAAAAUAAUUUAAGUGAUUUAAAUAAUGAAAAUAUGAAUGUAUAUAAUAGUGAUAAUAAAAAAAAAAAUUUUCUUAUUGGGCACGCAGUAUUUUUUACUCCUAAAAAAAAUUUGGUGAAUACAAGUAAUGAAAAAAAAGAAAUUGAAAAUAAAAUAUUGCAUAAUUUAAAUGAUGAGAACAAUUUAAAUAACCAUUUAUUAAAUAACUAUAAAUGGUAUAAUAAUAAUGAUCAGAAAAAAAAUGAUAUAUUUAAUAACACAAUUAUGAAAAGUAAAGAUGUAUUAUCAAAUGUAAAUAAUGCCUCUUCUAAUAUUAAUAAUAAUUAUAAUACUAACAAUAAUAAUAUUCACUUGAAUAACAAUAACAAUAAUAAUAACUUUAAUUACAACAUAAAUAAUAACAAUAAUUUUGGUUUAAAUGAUAAAACUCUUAAUAUAAAUAGUAGCUUAACUUUUAAAACACACAGCAUAAAUACAUCAAACCUAAAUAAUAUAAAUUUUUUACAAAAUAGUGUGAAUAACAAUGAAAAUAAUGAAAAUAAAUUAGAUUAUUUAAAUGUUUCACAAUAUUCUUCCGAAAAAAAAAAAGAUAUAGUUUAUUUAUUUCAAGAAUUAUUAAGCUAUUGUGAAUGCUUAAAAAGAAGCAGGAAAAAAAGUACUGAAGAAAUAAAUAAAAUUAGAAUUAGUUAUAAUAAAGUUUCAGAUUUAUUAAAAGAAACACUAAAGAGAGAAAAAAAUAGUCAUAUAAAAAUAGAAGAAUUAAGGAAUAUCAUAAUUAAUUAUAAUCAAAAGUUCGAUCAAGUUAAAAAUAGCUCUGAAGGAACAAUAACAAAUUUGAAUAAAAAUGUUCAAACUUUAAUUGAUUUAAAUAAUAGUCUUGAGAUAGAAAUGAAUAAAAUUGUUAAUGAGAAUCAACAACUAAGAAAAAUAGCACAAAAUGAAUUUGCUCUUAAUAAAGAAAUCAAUGAUUUAAGAAAACAAAUAGAAAAUUUAAAUAAUGAAAAAAUUUCUCUCAUAAAUCAAAUUGAUAGUUUAAGAUUAGAAAAUUCUAAAAUUGAAAAUGAAAAAAAUGUUUUACUAAGUGAUAAAACAUUACUUCAUUGUAAAAUUGAUGAAUUAGAAAAUGGACUAAAAAAUAAAAAUAACAUUUUUAAUGAAAAUAAUAUAUUAGAGAAAGAAAAUAAUCCAUUUAUUAUUAACUCAGAUGAAGAAAUAAAUGAACAACUUAAUAACUAUUUAAAUUUAAGUCACGAUCAAAGAACAGAACUUUUUAAAAACUUCUUGUAUCACUGGAGAGAAACAAAUAAAGCGGGACAAAAAUUUUAUGAACAAUCAUAUCUAAUAAAUCAAAAAAAUUGA